AUGCAUCUCUCUAAGAUCCCAUUACUCCUAGCGCCGUUAUUUAACGCGGCUACGGUCCUCUCCGAUCAAGCCCCGCUAGAUGAUGUAUCAGUCUUGACCAACGAGGUCGCAAGGGCCAACAACCAGUCUCUACUAUGGGGUCCAUACAAGCCCAAUCUGUACUUUGGGGUUCGUCCUCGAAUCCCAAACAGCUUGUUCGCCGGGUUGAUGUGGGCUAAUGUGGACAACUACGCCACAGCGCAGCAGAACUUCAGGCACACAUGUGAACAGAAUGAGGGAAUGGCUGGAUACGGAUGGGACGAGUACGACAUUCGCAAGGGUGGCCGCCAGACGAUUCACGACGAAGGCAAUGCUCUCGACAUGACAAUCGACUUCAUCAAGGUUCCAGGUGGUCAGCAUGGAGGCAGCUGGGCUGCUCGUGUGAAGGGUGUACCCCGCGAGAACGGUUCUCCCGACCAGUCAACCACCGUCGUCUUCUACACCGGGCUGGAGGGACUUGGAAACCUGGGCGUGACAACUGAAUCUGAGGAUCCCCGCGGCUUCGAAGGUGACGUGAAAAUUACGGGUUAUACAUCGGAACUUGGCGCUUUCUCAAUUGGUAUCACUGCUGGCCCUGAGAGCAAUGACCACCCGGAGAACGACCAUCCGUCCUACGACGAGAAACCCCUCGACCGCACGUUGGUUUCCAGCUUGGCUUUGCAGCCGGAACAGCUAUGGCAGACGAAAGUGAUCCUGUUUUCCAAAAUGAAGGAAGAAGUGGACGCUGCCAUCGAGAAGCACGGGCAGGAGAACCCCCCUCCUGCCUCUCAGAUCUUCACGAUCAAGAACGAGCCUGGUGAUGGCAAUAUCCAUCUCGUGCAGAAGGUUUUCAAGGGGGCUUUUGAGUUCGAUAUUCUCUUCUCGUCUGGAUCUUCACCGCUCCCGCUGACAUCGGACAUUCUAACCGAGCAAAUCAACACGGCAUCUCUCGCUUUCUCUGAUAGAUUCGAGAAGAUUCAUCCUCCGCAGGCACCUUUUGACAAUGCUGAGUAUUUGCAGUUCUCCAAGUCAAUGUUGUCUAACCUUGUCGGCGGAAUUGGUUACUUCCAUGGUACCGACAUUGUUGAUCGCUCUGAAGCGCCUGAGUAUGACGAGGAGAAUGAAGGUUUCUGGGAAGAGACCGCAGAAGCCAGAAGCCGGGCUCGACCUGUUCUCGAAGGACCAAAGACCCUCUUUACUAGCGUUCCUUCCCGUCCCUUCUUUCCUCGAGGCUUUCUUUGGGAUGAAGGUUUCCACCUGAUCCCUGUUGUUGAUUGGGACAUGGAUCUAGCGCUCGAAAUCGUUAAGAGCUGGUUCAAUCUCAUGGACGAGGAUGGAUGGAUUGCUCGGGAGCAGAUUCUUGGCUCGGAAGCUCGCAGCAAAGUUCCACCCGAGUUCACGAUCCAAUACCCUCAUUAUGCCAACCCUCCUACUCUUUUCAUCAUUCUAGAGGCUUUCAUCGAUAAGCUUGAUGCUAAGAAGAACGCCUCAGCUCACCAGCCAUCUGACCAUGAAGUUAUCGAGGGUCUCAACUCGGCUUUCGUAGAAACACCUGAGCUGGGCGACGCUUAUAUGCGCUCAAUCUACCCACUGCUCAAGAAGCACUAUUUCUGGUACCGAAAGACUCAAUUUGGAGACAUCAAAUCCUAUGACCGGGAAGCUUUCUCGACCAAGGAAGCAUACCGCUGGCGAGGACGCUCUGUUCAGCAUAUUCUGACAUCGGGCUUGGAUGACUACCCUCGGCCUCAGCCUCCCCACCCCGGUGAGCUACACGUCGACUUGAUCAGUUGGAUGGGUAUGAUGACCCGGGCCAUUCGUCGUAUCGCCGAGGCGCUUGGAAACACAGAGGACGCCGAACAGUUCAAAAACUACGAGAUCGCUAUUGAGCGGAACAUUGACGACUUGCAUUGGGACGACGAUGCGCAAACCUACUGCGAUGCCACUAUUGACGAAUACGAGGAGAGUGUUCGCGUGUGCCACAAGGGUUACAUCUCUAUUUUCCCCUUCCUGACCGGCAUGCUGGGCACUGACAGCCCUCGCCUGAAGGCGGUUUUGGAUCUGAUUGGAAAUCCAGAAGAGCUCUGGAGUGACUAUGGUAUCCGCAGUCUGAGCAAGAAAGACGAAUUCUAUGGUACUGCUGAGAAUUAUUGGAGAAGUCCCAUCUGGGUCAACAUUAACUAUCUGGUGGUCAAGAAUCUCUACGAUAUUGCAAUCAAACCCGGUCCUCACAGGGAGCAGGCCCGGGAGCUGUAUUCCAACCUGCGGAAGAACUUGGUCGAGAAUGUCUUUAGACAAUGGAAGGAGACCGGUUUUGCUUGGGAGCAGUACAAUCCCGAAACCGGCCAAGGACAGCGAACACAGCAUUUCACUGGCUGGACAAGUAUGGUUGUGAAGAUCAUGUCCAUGCCUGAUCUCCCCGCCCUCGAGGCGCAGGGCCAUGAUGAAUUGUAA